CUGCUCUUCACCCGGCCACUUGCCUUCACCACGUCCCCCUGUAGUAUCUGGUCAGCAAGAGCCACCGUGACUCCCCUUUUCACCCCACCUCCACCUUUGGACUUCUUCACUUUCGGCAUUUCUGUAUUCCGAUGGUAUUAAGCAAUCGUAGCCAGUAGCGUUACUUCAAAGGGUGAACGUCAUUGUGCGUCUCAAAGAAAACAUGGGGGUGACUUGUGUGUGUCAAGUUCCCGUGGCAGAGGGGAAGAGUGUGCAGCAGACAGUGGACAUUCUCCACAGGAAACUGGAACAGCUCGGUGCAGUGAAGCAGGGAAACUUCUGUGUGGACUGUGAGACGUACCAUGCAGCCGGCAACACCAGUGGUCAGCCUCCCAAAUUCUUAUACGUCAUGCACAACACGGAGACUCCGCUGAGCUGCUUAGCCCUGUUCGAGGGAGGCCCGUACCUGACCGCUGAUGGCAACUUUGAUGUGCUGAUGGUGAAACUCAAGAGUCACUUCCAGAACGCCAAAGGCCACAAGGUGGAGAGCCGUGGAUCCCGCUACCAGUACUGUGACUUCCUAAUAAAGGUGGGCACAGUGACCAUGAGCUCCAGUGCACGGGGCAUCUCUGUGGAGGUGGAGUACUGCCCCUGCGUGGUGCCUGGUGACUGCUGGAACCUGAUGAAAGAGUUCAUGCAGAGCUUCCUGGGCCCCAGCAUCCCCGAGCUGCCGUCCGUCUACACCACAAAGGCCGAGGGCCUCUACGUGCCUGUGGAGCCCACCGACACCAUGACUCAGUACCUGGAACUGUUCGGCAAGGUCCGGAAGCAGCAGGUGGUCCCGGGGAGCAGCGUACGCUGAGAUACCAGAGGAGAGGAGCCUGCACCUGCUCGUGCCACCUCAGCUAUAAUCACAUGUCUGGCACUCAAGGACCGCAGGGAAUCUGGGCACGCUUUCACCCUGAAUUACGGAAACAGCUGUCAGUUUUCCUGUAAUGACUACUUCAAGGAUUAUCACAGAAACUAUUUUGAGUUGUCUGCGGUUUCCACAAAGACAUUUGCCAAUACAAAAUGACAUGCUUUUUUUAUGUUUGGAGUCAGAGCAUUUGGAAUUUUGUGUUCCGGAGUUUAUUUUUCUAAAUCAGUUUUUUUUUUUUUUUUUACGUAUCAAGGUGAAUUUUGUUAGUGUAUUGUUACUGUGUUUUAGUUUGCAUGUUAUUGAAAGUUCAGUUUCUUAAACAGUCAUUAGUAUACAGGGUUAUGGUUAUUGAAAAAUACUAAAUUGAAAUAUGAAUUUGUCAGCCAAAAUGGACACAUUUCUAAUAAAGGUAUUUUUGAAGUA